AUGCCAUCGGAACUGGAAGAGCUGGUGGAAUUUCUUCACCACGGCAACACCCAGAUCAGACAGAUUGCAUGCGAAAACCUCGUCGGAUUUUCUACCGCCCAGCCCAGCCUGUUCAAGCGUCACCAAUUGUUGCCCGUUCGAGACUUGAAGCUGUUGGCCCGAGAUUACACACCUAUUGCGAAGAAUGCCUUGACAAUCCUCAUCAACCUCUCGGGCGAUGAAGAGGUGUUGAAACAUUUAUCCGAAGAUGACCAGUUUAUUGAGACCUUGCUCAUGAAACUGACGAAUGCCAAGGAGCCCAACGCCGAUGAUGUCGCGAUGUUGAUGGCCAAUCUCGCCAAAUCCAACAACCUACAGAAACUGCAUUCGCUGAAGCGCAAAAUCCCCGAAUCCGUAUCCACCUCCGGAAAUGCCAUUGACCAGUUAAUGGACUGUUUUGUCAAGGGCGCCAAGGGCGGCCUCAAUAAACAUGCCAACUAUGAUUACCUGUCCUACCUGUUCGCCGACCUGUCACAAUCGGAAGCGGGGAGAGCCUAUUUCAUCACGCGCCAGGAGUAUGACGGAGUUGUCCCCAUCACAAAGCUGACCGUCUUUACGGAACACCCCAGCGACAUUCGCAGGAAGGGGGUCGCCUCCACAAUCAAGAAUGUUGCCUUUGACAUCCCGUCGCAUCCCAUGCUCUUCGCGGAGGAUGGGGUGAACCUCCUGCCGUAUCUGCUGCUGCCGAUUGCGGGACCAGAGGAGUUCUCGGACGAAGAGACGAUGGCCAUGCUACCCGAUCUCCAGCUGUUGCCACCGGACAAGCAACGAGACCGGGACACCAGCAUCAUAACCACCCAUCUGGAAACGCUGCUUUUGCUGACCACGACUCGGGAAGGCCGGGAUCUGAUGCGUGUAGUCAAGGUGUAUCCUUUGAUUCGCGAGUGCCAUCUCCACGUCCAGGACGAGGAGGUCCAAGAGGCGUGUGACCGGCUGGUCCAGGUGCUGAUGCGUGACGAAGCAGGCGAGGGAGAGAAGACUGAGGCUGAACUGGCACGGGCACAGUCUCAGAUUCAGCAGCAACCCAAGGACGCGGACGAGAAGAUUCCACCGUCAGCCCACAUCCCGCUGAGAACGCGGAAGGUCUCUUGUCCCCCGGACGGCCUGAGGGGCAAGUGGCUUCCCGCUGGGUCAAACCACCGAGAAGACUCGAAUUCUGAUCCCCACGAUGGAAAUGACAACUCGGGAAGUGACCGCCUGCCUCCAGACGUGAACUGCGAUCCCACAAGGACCUUGGCCCAGCACCUCAGGACCUUCAUGUCGCGCGCCCCUCUCCUCCGGUCAUCGCCGGCCCUGGGCUCUUCCUCGUAUGGAGCCGUGCGCAUCCCACAAGAAGACUCAGACGAUGACACUGUCAUUGCUUCGCGGCGGGAUCAGAGUGUUCGACGGGUGCGGGAUGGUCCUCGAUCGCAACAGGAGAGCCUUGACGAAUCCAUGGAAGGUCCGUCGAGUGAUGUGCGCAGCUCACGAGUCAGACGUUCGCAUUCAUCUGGCAGGCGACGGAACAAUGGACUGUAUAGAAAGGACCAGUAUCGUCGGCCCUCUUCGGCCACGUCCGAUGUUGGAAUGGGUGCCGAUUCGAAGUACUCGUUUGCGACGGGACUCGCGGUGCCUGGAAAUCCCGUGGUGCAAGACACCCCUGCAUCUUCGCCGUUUGUAACAAGCGACGAGGAGGAUGUUCUGGACGUCGACAGCGAAGAUACAAAAUCUACGGACGAGGACCCGCCGGAUAAUUCGCCCUAUGCCCAAGUACGAGCCUCUGUCCCGGCGACAGACGACAUUUCUCUUUCCAUCAAUACUCCGCGGAUGUGGAUUCUGUCCCUGAUCUUCUCCUUGACGGGCUCUGCUGCCAAUUUAUUCUUUUCGCUUCGGUACCCUAGUGUUGCCAUCACCCCGAUCAUUGCUCUUGUUUUGGUUCAUCCACUGGGCAAGUUUUGGGAUGUCCUUCUCAAAAGGACGGAUGAUCCCCUUGAAGUGUUCGAAAAUGGCUCCCUUUAUCACCGGGAAUCGCUUUCUGGCGAGAUCGAUAUCCCAGCCGUUCCCUGGAUAUCUCGAGUCAGGCUGUGGCUCGCCCAAGGUCGUUGGAACGAGAAAGAACAUGCCUGUGUCUAUAUCAGCAGCAAUGUCUCUUUCGGGUUUGCCUUUGCGACUGAUGUCAUUGUUGAACAACACAAGUUUUACAAGCAGGAAGUACCGAUUAUAUACCAGCUCUUGCUCAUUAUCUCGACCCAAGUCCUAGGCUAUGCAUUUGCAGGCCUUACCCGCCGGUUCCUCGUGCGGCCAUCGGCCAUGAUCUGGCCGGGGACCCUGAUGUCCACUGCUAUGUUUUCCACGAUGCACAAAUCUGUCAACAAGAAAGCCAAUGGAUGGAGAAUUUCUCGAUACAAGUUUUUCAUCCUCGUGUGGGGAGGUGCAUUUGUCUGGUACUUCAUCCCGGGGUUACUGAUGCCUGCGCUCAGCUACUUCAACGUGAUCACUUGGCUGGCUCCCAAGAACGUUGUGAUAUCCAAUCUGUUUGGAGUUGCGUCUGGUCUCGGAAUGUUUCCCUUGACCUUCGAUUGGGCCCAAAUCGCUUACAUAGGUUCUCCGUUGUUGACACCAUGGUGGGCAGCUGCCAAUAUCGUUACGGGUCUGAUUGUUGUCAUCUGGGCGGUUGCCCCGAUCUUGUAUUAUAAAAAUGUUCUCUUCUCCGCAUAUAUGCCCAUCCUUUCCACUGCAGUGUUUGACAAUACUGGACAUCUCUAUAAGGUGAGCCAGAUAUUGACCAAGGAGUUUUUGUUCGACCACGAAGCCUACAAAAUCUACUCACCGGUGUAUCUACCGAUCACCUACGUCUUGUCCUACGCGGUCCAGUUCGCUGCUUUGACUUCUCUGGUCACACACACCGUGUGCUGGUAUGGGAAAGACAUUUGGCAUCAGACCAGAAAGGCUUUCGACGAACGACGAAAUUUGCCGAAUAUGGAAACCUAUCAGCCACUCCGGACUACCAAUGACCAUGCCGCAGGCCGACACAGCUACGAGAUCCCUCGAAGCAGCUCUCAUGAUCCGAGCCGAGAGAACCCCUUGGGCGCGGAGGAUGUUCAUUGUCGUCUGAUGAGACGUUACAGGGAUGCGCCGCUUACAUGGUACCUCGCAGUCUUGGCUUCGAUGCUGGCCAUCGCCACUUUCACUGUGGAGCACUAUCCGGUCCACCUCCCCUGGUAUGGAUUACUCUUGGCCCUGGCCAUCACUAGCUUGUUCUUCAUCCCGGUGGGCAUCAUUAUGGCUGUGACCAACCAGCAUAGCAGCCUCUAUCUCAUCUGCCAGCUGCUCUGUGGCAUUGUGUUCCCGGGACGCCCUGUGGCGAAUAUGAUCUUUGUGACGUACUCCUACAUCAGUUCCGCCCAGGGGAUCAAGUUCUCUUCAGACUUGAAGCUUGGUCAUUAUAUGAAGAUCCCUCCCCGCAUUUUGUUUAGCGUGCAGAUAGUGGCGACCCUGGUUUCCAGUCUGACUCAAAUCGGCGUACUGAACUGGAUGUUUGCCCACAUUCCGGGCCUGUGCACCCCCGAGGCCCUCAAUGGCUUUAAUUGCCCCAUUGCGCGGGUUCAUUUCAAUGGAAGCAUCCUGUGGGGAGUCGUCGGGCCCCAGCGCUUCUUUGGCCCCGGAGGACUCUAUCGACCGCUCGUUUGGGCAUUCCUUGUCGGCGCAGUCGCUCCGUUGGGGGCCUGGCUACUGGGCCGACGAAGCAAGAGGAGCUUCUGGCGCAUGGUAAAUUUUCCCAUUUUGUUCGGCAGCUUGAGCUGGAUUCCUCCGGCCACUGGGCUGAAUUUCUCCAUCUGGGCGCUCGUAUGUUUUGUGUUUAACUACGUGAUCCGGCGUCGGAGGACGGCCUGGUGGGAAAAGUACGCCAUGACCUUGUCGGCUGCAUUGGAUUCCGGGCUGGCAUGUGCAGUGGUUGUUGUCUUCUUUGCCUUCAUCUAUUCUGGCUGGGCCGAUGGGUUAACAUGGUGGGGGACAGAGAUAUAUAAACAGGUUGGUGCUCUCUAUGCUUGUCAUGAUGAGCUUCGGGGUCCUUGGCUGACAUUCACCAUUCAGGGUUGUGACUGGAUUGCAUGUUCAUACAAACGACUGGGACCAGGGCAAAAGUUCGGACUCGGGGCUGUUGAAUAA